UGUUCUGGGCGUCGGAUGAUCUCUCCCGUGGCGAUAAUUAUACAGACAAGACUUUGGAUAGCUGGACUCGACAUCAAUGAAAAAAAGAUAAAUAUUCAGUUUUAUCCUACUAGAUAAUGUUAUAUCUUGUACUUGGUAGUAUUUUGGUAUCGCUCUCAACAUUCUCCGCGAGACUACAUUGAUUCCAAAGAGACAAGGAGAAAUUGCAUGUGUGAAGGGUAGAUCCAAGCAUGUCAAGGUAUAACCGCGGUUCCCCAUAUCGAUAAGAUUAGUUCCGCCUCAGGCAUCAACAGCCACCCAAAGCGGCAACAGGGCUAGGGCUUUGCCGCACCCACGACGGGCGGGUGAGACUAAGCGAAAAUUUGCGCGCUCAUCUUGAGAUGCUCGAUCUCCAACCUCGAACGACGACAACGACCACCCUACCGUCGACAAAAAUGGCGUCUCGUCCUACCGUCACCAUCGCCGGCGCUGAUGGCAAGCCCACGGGGGCUACCUACCCCCUCCCGGCUGUUUUCGCCUCCCCCAUCCGUCUUGAUGUUGUCCAGCAGGUGCACACCGGUAUGGCCAAGAACAAGAGACAGCCCUACGCUGUGAGCGAGAAGGCUGGUGAACAGACCUCUGCUGAGUCCUGGGGUACCGGUCGCGCUGUCGCUCGUAUCCCCCGUGUCUCCGGUGGUGGUACUCACCGUGCCGGUCAGGCCGCUUUCGGUAACCAGUGCCGUUCCGGUCGUAUGUUCGCCCCUACCAAGGUCUGGCGCAAGUGGCACCAGAAGGUCAACGUUGGCCAGAGACGUUUCGCUACUGCCUCUGCCCUCGCUGCUUCUUCCGUUCCUUCUCUUCUGUUCGCUCGCGGUCACCGCGUUGCCAACGUUCCUGAGGUCCCUCUGGUCGUUGACUCCAAGACCUUCGAGAACUCCGCUGUUACCAAGACCAAGGCCGCCGUUGCCCUCCUCCAGGCUGUCGGUGCCGGUGCCGACCUCGUCAAGGUCCAGAAGUCCCGCAAGAUGCGUGCCGGUAAGGGUAAGCUGAGGAACCGCCGCUUCCGCCAGCGCCGCGGUCCUCUGGUUGUCUACAACCCCGAGGUUGAUGGCAAGGAGCUUGUCCGUGCCUUCCGCAACAUCCCCGGUGUUGAGACCUCCUCCGUCUUCUCCCUCAACCUCCUCCAGCUCGCCCCCGGUGGUCACCUCGGUCGCUUCAUCGUCUGGUCCUCCGCUGCUUUCGAGGCCCUCGACAAGGUCUACGGCACCACCACCACUGCCUCCGCCCUCAAGAAGGACUACCUCCUCCCCCAGAACGUUGUUGCCAACGCCGACUUGGCCCGUCUCAUCAACUCUUCUGAGAUCCAGUCCGUCCUCCGCGCCCCCAAGGGUGAGGCUCGCACCAAGCGCACCAACAUCCAGAAGAAGAACCCUCUCCGCAACAAGCAGGUCAUGCUCCGUCUCAACCCUUACGCUGCUGCUUUCUCCAAGGAGAAGCUCGGCCAGCAGACCGUUGAGUCUGCCAAGCCCGAGCGCGCUUCCAAGGACUUCCUCAACACCCUCUACGAGGCGUAAGUUAGUGGUCCGGGGUUUCACGCUGGGAAGGUAUGAUAUGAGAUUGUUUUCGGUUUAAAAGGUAGCACCAAUGAACAGGUUCGCAAUACCCAUAAUGAAUUAGUAGUUUUUAUGAAGUAGCUUCUAGUAGUUUUCCAGUACACGCUUCUCAUGUAGUUCUUCCACACC